AUGGGAAUCCGGAAUAUCCUUGUCUUUGGGAUGGUUGUGGCCGAGAGUUUUUUCGCCCUGAUCUUCUCGAACGGCACCAGCAACAGCACCUGGCGGGGAAUGCCUCAGGUCAAGACAAUAACUGAAAUCUUGAUGUACUAUAUUCGCAGGCCGGUCGGCUUACAUAAUUGCGACUAUCAUCGUGAUAAUACGACAUCAGCAGUUGAAUCUUGA